GCCUGCGGGCUGGGCGGGGGAGCCUGACCUUGCUCCCCACUUAGGUCUCCGGAGCAAAGAGGACUGCGUGCACAAUACCGAGCCACGUCCCACGCAGGGAGGGGCUGGGCCAGCUGUGGUUGUAAACCGAUGGCGAGGCGUGUAAGGAACGGUGUCGCCCCGGCCUCGCUCUUCCUCCUCCUCCACCUCCUCCUCCUUCUUGCUCACCGCUCGCCUGAUCUCCUACCAUGACUCAGCGCUUCUCGCAGGCCGCCCGGCCGGGGACACCGGCUUCUUGCCGGCUCCUCCCGCCGCGUCCACCCCAUCUCGCCACUCACGCCCGCCCCCGGCCGCCGGCCCUUUCCCCGCGCCGCCGCCGGCGCAGUCAGCUCAGGCGCCCCGAAAGCAUCGGCCGCGCGGCCCGGCCUGCCCCGACCCCGCCGUCCCCGCGCGCCGCCCGCCAUGGAGCCCCAAGCCCCCCGCCGCCGCUAUACCCAGCUGCGCGGCUACGCCGUGACGCGGAGCCCCCACCUCAACAAGGACUUGGCUUUUUCCCUGGAAGAGAGACAGCAAUUGAACAUUCAUGGAUUGUUGCCACCAUGUUUCGUCAGUCAGGAUAUCCAGGUCCUUAGAGUAAUUAAAAAUUUUGAGCGCCUGAAUUCUGAUUUUGACAGGUAUCUUCUCUUAAUGGAUCUUCAAGAUAGAAAUGAGAAGCUCUUUUAUAGAGUGCUACUGUCUGACAUCGAGAAAUUCAUGCCUAUUGUCUAUACCCCCACGGUGGGUCUGGCAUGUCAGCAAUACAGCUUAGCCUUUCGGAAGCCAAGAGGUCUCUUUAUUAGCAUCCACGAUCGAGGGCACAUUGCUUCAGUCCUUAAUGCAUGGCCAGAGGAUGUCAUUAAGGCUAUUGUGGUGACUGAUGGAGAGCGUAUUCUUGGCUUGGGAGACCUUGGCUGUAAUGGAAUGGGCAUCCCUGUGGGUAAACUGGCUCUGUACACAGCUUGUGGAGGGGUGAAUCCCCAAGAAUGUCUGCCUGUCAUGCUGGAUGUGGGAACAGAAAAUGAGGAGUUACUUAAAGAUCCGCUGUACAUUGGACUACGGCAGAGAAGAGUGAGAGGCCCUGAAUAUGAUGAUUUUUUGGAUGAAUUCAUGGAGGCAGUUUCUUCCAAGUAUGGCAUGAAUUGCCUUAUUCAGUUUGAAGAUUUUGCCAAUAUAAAUGCAUUUCGUCUCCUGAAAAAGUAUCAAAACCAGUAUUGCACGUUCAAUGAUGAUAUUCAAGGAACAGCGUCUGUUGCAGUCGCCGGCAUCCUCGCAGCCCUUCGAAUAACCAAGAACAAGCUGUCUGAUCAAACAGUACUAUUCCAGGGAGCUGGAGAGGCUGCCUUAGGGAUUGCACACCUGAUUGUUAUGGCCAUGGAAAAAGAAGGUUUACCCAAGGAGGAAGCCAUAAAAAAGAUAUGGUUGGUUGACUCAAAAGGAUUAAUAGUAAAGGGACGUGCUGCCUUAACACAAGAGAAAGAGGAAUUUGCCCACGAACAUGAAGAAAUGAAGAACCUAGAAGCCAUUGUUCAAGAUAUAAAACCAACCGCCCUCAUAGGAGUUGCUGCGGUUGGUGGUGCAUUCACAGAACAAAUUCUCAAAGACAUGGCUGCCUUCAAUGAACGGCCUAUUAUCUUUGCUUUGAGUAACCCAACUAGCAAGGCAGAAUGUACUGCAGAGCAGUGCUAUCAAUUCACCAAGGGUCGUGCCAUUUUUGCCAGUGGCAGUCCUUUUGAUCCGGUCACCCUUCCCAGUGGACAGACCCUCUAUCCUGGCCAAGGCAACAAUUCCUACGUGUUCCCUGGAGUUGCUCUCGGUGUUGUGGCUUGUGGACUGAGGCACAUCACAGAUAAGGUCUUCCUCACGACUGCUGAGGUUAUAGCUCAGCAGGUAUCAGAUAAACACUUGGAAGAGGGCCGACUUUAUCCUCCUUUGGACACCAUCAGAGAUGUUUCUCUGAAAAUCGCUGAAAAGAUUGUGAAAGAUGCCUACCAAGAAAGGACAGCCACAGUUUAUCCUGAACCCCAAAACAAGGAGGCAUUUGUCUACUCUCAAAUGUAUAGCACUGAUUAUGACCAGAUUCUACCUGAUUGUUAUUCUUGGCCUGAAGAGGCCCAGAAAAUACAGACCAAACUUGACUAGUAACAUAAUAGCUGGCAUUUCUAACUCCAUUAGUGAGAUCUUGAAGUCUUUCAUAAUUUUUAAAGAUUGGAAUCUUUUAUAAUGAUUCAUAAUAUGCUAGAUCAAGAUAAUUUUUCUUUAACAAUUUAAAAAUUUAUGGAAGAAUAUUCAUAUAAUUUAGGGUAGACAUCACACUAGACAGCUUUGCUUCAUUUACUUUUUGGUUAUUUAUGGUUUCUAGCUUAAUUAUUUUGCCCAAGUUCUCUUUAAAAGCUACCAUCACUACUACUGAGAAACCCAUCAUUUUUAUAUAGGGGACUAAAAGGAAGACCAAAAUUAGUAAUAAAUUGGUAUGAUCAGUAUUAAAACCCAUAAUUCUUUGAUCAUUUUAUUAAAAAUACUUUGUAAAAGUAAAGGUAGAAAUGAAUUUGGGCAUAGGUGAACUUUUGGUAAAAACAGAAACAACACUUACUUCGUUGCCUAGAGAAAAAGAACUUCUCAGGUAUGUUUAUUCCAACCCUAGAUGGUGUGUGUGCUUUUUGUGCUACUGAACUCAAACAUUUCUAAGACAGCUUAUUGCUGUUUACAAUGCCUUGUGCAGCCUUAGAUUUUCAUAUUCUUUUGACAUUGUCACAUCUCCUUAUCACCUUUGUCCUCAGUCAGAAAUCCCUUCUUAAAAGCACCUUGCUCUCCUCCUGACCAACUGUACCACCCUUCAGCUCCACGCCAUUGCUGCUGGGCCUUUUGUGGACGGUGGCCCUGUCCUGAGGUUGGUACCUUCAGCUGAGCACAGCCCGCGCAGUGGGCAGACCUGAGAGAGGAGGGGGAAGGCUCCUUGAGAAAGGGCUGCCUGUGGAGUCGACCUCUGAAAAUACAAGUCCCAGAGUCAAGGGAGGCUGGGUUCCCAAUUGAGUGACCUACCCUGAUGCCCCCUUGAUUAGCUCAGGUAAAUAAGAGCUCACUGUGUUAUAGUCAUCUCACUUCCCUCUGAGUUUGAAGAAAGUUUUGUAACCACUUCCCCAAUAUCAGAAAUUAUCUUUACAUAAGAUAUUAAAAUACAUAAAUUAAUCAGUAGUUACAGCCCAGAAAUUAAUGUUAAUUUUAAGUUUAAUUUAGAAAUGAAUCAUUGAACCAAUGGAAACAAUUUUACAUUCUUAAGCUCAGGUGCAAUAACAGUUGCUAUUUAUUUGUGGAAUUAUGGGGAGGAUUUUUUGUUUUUGAAGUAAUACUUUUAAAAGCGUAUUAAGAGGCCGUUCAAGAUAAACCGUACCAUAAAAUGAUUUAAUUGAAACUUGAAGGUUAUACAAGGUGUUUUAGGUGUCAGUAGAAGGGGUAGGAGUAUUUCUGAAGGUAACAUUUAGUCAAGAGUUCGCUCAAUAUAGUUGUUUUGAAAAGAUCCAGAACGCCUGUUUCUUGUCUAGGUUCCACGUUGUCUUGUAGCUCUGACUAAGUGUGUUUACCUAUGCAAAAGAUUUAUUAAAGCAUAGAAAACGUGAAUGAA